CGAAAAUAAAUGUUUGAAAAUUGGAACGAAUUGUUUGAUCCCGUUUACCGUUCUUGGUUUGUAAAAACGGUAAACGAAACACGAGUGGCGUUGUGCGGGCUGCGCAGCUGUCUUGGGGAGGUAACUCAUUAUUGGCUUUUUGGCGCAUUCAACUCCCUUAUUUAAGAAUAUACCACUGAUUUUGAUUUUCGUCAGCAUGGCCUCGUACGUGCUUUUUUCGGGGAACAAACGACACGUCGUAAGAGAAGACGACGUUGAUAUUUUUAAAAUUGGAAGGAUUUUCCAGGUACGGUAUUGUAUUUUUCAAAUUGACAUGAUAAUAAUCAGAAUAUCUAGUUGUUAAACAACCUACCGGUAUUUCAUGUUGAUUUAGGCGAGUCGACCUGGACCCAAUAUCAAGAACAUUCUCAAUGUUUUGCUUAACUCAGAUGAGCUUUGAGUAUCCACUCAGCUGAAUAUAUCGAUUGUCGGUCAUCUCAAAUCUCGGCUAUAUGAAUAUACACGUAUUCGUGCGCAAACUCAGGAAUGAGUAGAACACAAACUUUAAAAAACUUAAGAGCACGUAAUUGAGCAUGAUCAUUGAUAGUCAAACUCAUAUACAUUUUUAAAGAAAAGAACACACUCAAAGUAGUGCAGUGUUGUGCCAUAAUAAUGUACUACUGUCUACCGAGAGACUAAAUGUGUCAUUUUAACAUCAUAAACACACAAAAAACUAUUUGGGUUUUUAUAAGUAAUUAUGUUGAUAAAUGUUUUAUUGAAAAAUAUUGUUUUCCCAUGUGGAAACAUUAUCUUAGACAAUCAUAAGUAUGAACACAGUGUGUCAGUGUCACAAUCCUUUAUUUCAGAUUCAGUCAAAAACUAUAUUUCUGACUGAUGAUCACAACACUGCUGUAUUCCCACAGGCGGAUGGGAAAUUCUUGCCUGAAGUGUUGAUUUUGGGGUCACACUAUGAGGUCAACGGAACCUCCAUUUCUAAUGUUGUUGCCGGACCGUCAACGAUUCAGCCUCCACCUAUGACAGCCCAGCAUACCACAAGCCACGGCAGUUUCGCGUUUGCUGCGCGGGUUGUUCCUGCGGCACAGCCUCACCAGCUGCAGCAGGUUCAGCAACCGCAAUUUCGAAGGCCUCCCAACAGAUCGUUCCAAAGGAGUGUCAGUCUGGUGGAGGCUGACGGGUUAACACUGCAUUCUGUGCAGACAGUAUAUCUGAGGCUGACGGAUGCAGAUGCAAACGUGACAUCAGUGACAGAAAGGAUCCAGGAGCACCUGGAUUCUGUUGAGCCCAUAGUAGUCUGUGACUGUAAAGGCAUCGACAUUACAGAUUGUGCAGGAACAAGCGGGCUGGAGUUCUGGAAAUCGCAGACCAGAAAGAUUUUCUGCAUGACAGAGACGGCCCACCGAGAAUUUCUUACAGCACGAAGGAAUAAGCGGAGAAGACGCGAAGGGACACGAGAGGAUGAGGCUGUUGACGGGGCAGGGGAUGUCCUAGACCAGGUGAUGGACCAGGCCCGGGCCGUGCAGAGGCAACUGAGCCAGAUGACUACAGGGAAGGUGGUGGUGGCUGUGAACAUGGAAGAAACGCGCCAUCAAGGACGCGUUUGCUUGUGUGAUCUGUAAAGGACCAGUGUCGCACCCUAUUUUUGCAACAUGUUGCAAAUCCCUGGUGGGGUGCAGGACCUGCGUGGACACCUGGUACGACAGACCACCGCCAGCCAGUUGCCCGAAGUGCAGGAGCCAGGACGGCACUCGACAUGCCGUGACAGGGCUUAAUGAGGCGGUGCAUGCCCUAAGGGCAAUAGUGGAGAAUACAAAUUAAAUUUAUUUGUAGCUCUCAUGUGUUGUAAAAAAAAUGUGAAUACAAUUUAGUCAGUAAUUCAAUUGUUUUUAUUACUUGAAGACAGCAGCUAUGCUGCACAAAGAUAUUUUAUUACGCAAUUAUCGUUGAAAUGCAUUUG